CGGGGAGCAGUUGGCUCGGUUUAGUCUGCUGAUUAGCAACAAACAGAAGGUUACGAGUUAGAAAUUUUUGAUUAUUACAACACCACACUGGCUUUGCCGGAGCGAGAACGGACUGAAGUAUGUCGAGUGCCUAACCGGAGUGUGUUAGCUCUCUUUUGAGGUGAAACGACGGUAUAUUGGGACAUUUCGAGCCGUUCGGGAGACAGCCUCGCUUUCAGGUCGUUCAAGUGGCGAUGCUUAGCUGAUAGCUGCGUCAUCAUGUUGCUUCCGACUCGAGUUGACGAGAAGAAACCACAAGUUAACGCCAGAGGUGAGGCUGUCCACCGUCAUCCAGCCCCAGAGACCACUCCCGACCCUUGAUAUACACGAGAGACGGGCUGUCGGUGAGAGGUUCGCGGUGAAUCGUGUUUACGUGGUCGUUGUGGAGACUUUACAUCACUUGGCAGUUGGCGCGAUACUCUGCUGGUUGCAUUUAUUAUCUACACUCGGAUGAUCAGUCUCAUAUUUCUGUUGAUGCUGCCAAACGAUACAAGACGGAACGUUGCGGAGACACACUACCUUGAAAGAUGUAUGUCUGAGUGAGACUCGCGAGUACUGAUGUGUAGGCAUGAUUGCCAUACUUGUUUGGAUAGUGAGGGGUGAUUCUCUUAUUGACAGCUAGUACACAAAGCUGGUCCUCCCAUUGAAAGGCUGCUGAUCCCCACCUGACUUUGUUUUUCAUCUGGCUAGGUAAAUCAUGCGUACGUAAGGCAUCAUUAGAUCUGUUACCAUCAAAUGUAAUUUAAUGACUUUGUAGUUAGUGACUAGAUUUAGGCAGUGUGUUUCCGCGUGUCAGAGGGUGUUUUUGGGGUAGGUGGUCUUCGACCUGCUGUCACUACAUCCACGUGGACUUUGUUUCAGGUCGGUUGUUAAAGUUUGAUCCCCCCCCCCGGUCCUACAGAUAAAAUAGGCUCAUACUAUAACGAGUUGCGUCUUGAUAACUUAAUUUAAAAACGGAUUAGAAUGGCCGGGGACUGCGCCCACAUCAGCGGUCGUUACGCGGGGACGUGUUGUCCGUCCAGACCCUGGUCAGAUGGGGGACGAGAGGGAGUCCGUGAGACGGAGUCUGUCGGGAACUCCACGGGGCGUGCAUCCCCAGCUCGGUGGUCGCCCAACUUCGAGGUGAUCGGUGGGUUGCUGUACCGUAAGAAGCUGGAAAGAGGUUACAUCAACUACCGGGAGGUUUUGAGUGAGGACCGGAUAGUUGAGGCCAUCUCCACCUUCCACCGGAGGCGACCUGGCCAGCGCCACCUCUCCCUGGAAGAGACGUAUAAAUGCGUUGCUGAAAACUACUGGUGGGAGGGAAUGUACUUCCAUAUCAGAGACUUUGUCCUCGGGUGUCCAGAGUGUCAGAGUCAGCGGAGUAAGAAAUUUGAGAAGCUGGAUGGCAGAGGAUGUGUCACAAAGACAAUGGUGUCGCACGGCGCCGAGGUACUGAGCAGGCUGAGGAGUCAGAGGGAGGCGGGGCUUUUCUGUGACAUUAACCUGCGGACGAAGGGGCGCUCCUUCGCCGCUCACAGAUCCGUCCUGGCAGCCGUCAGUGAUCACUUUCAGGAAAUCUUCAUGGAAAUGGACUCCAGCAAGAAAGCAGACAUAGAUCUCACUGGUUUCAGUGAGGACAGUCUUCUGUCUCUGCUGGACUUCUCGUACUCCUCCACCCUGUGCGUUCGUCAGGAGGACCUGUCUGAGGUCUGUGCCAUGGCCCGCCACCUGGGCAUGUGGCCUGCUGUGGAAGCCUGCUCUGCCCUCAUCAAAGAGCAGGAACAGCAGCUUCAUCCCGCCAAGAACUUUACCUCAACCCGUGCUAGCGCGUGCCGUGACCAUCACCAGCGAAAGGAAGGGCUCUCCCGAUUAGGCAGCGUGAACGACGGCCUCAGUCUGAGGCGGGGGUCUUCUGAUGAGGAGGGAACUCCCAGGCGCAACUUGCGCCGAAUGCCAAAAGCCCAGGCCCAGGCCCAGGCCCAUAAUGGCCUCCCUCUGAGUCCCUCACACAGGAUGAAGCUCAUGGACUUUAAAUCUCCCUCCUCCAAAAAGACCACUAUCUCUCGUCAUGCCAUCGCCACUUCGCAGCCACGGAGUUACUCACCCAUGUCGGCGUCAAACACCCGCCUACUCCGCUCCUCCCCAGGAGCUGCCAAGGAGGUUCAGAGAUUACUGCCUGUGCCAGAGCCCCCUCGAAGAAACAGGAAAUCUCAUUCCAUCACGCAGCUCUCAUGCUCAUCCAGAUCGAGACCCAGCAGCGCGUGCAGCCCCAUCAGAGUCAAACAGGAAGUGGAGGAUAUCGGAGAGGAUGAGAUGGAUUAUGCACGAGCGCAGGAGAAGUAUAAGUUGAUGAAUGUCCUGGGUCUACAGAGGACUGCGCUUCUCCCCAGACCAGAGGAUCUGAUUGGCUGGAGGCAGAAGAAACGCCUUAGGAAGUUGAAGGCCAACAACUACUCACUGACCAAGCGGAGGAAACCCCGCCCUUCAUCCCCAGUACUGUUGUAUAAGGAUAUGGCUCUGUCCCUUCCUCUCUGUAACCCCGUUAGCACUCGACUCCUCAACAAGUGCGUUAAGACCAAGCCUGUGAGCUCAGCCACCACUGAGCAGAUGAAGGCCAAGAAGCGUAAAAACAUCAAGCGCUGUGUUCCUCCCACCGACAGGAGCAUGCGAAGCAAAGGGGGGCCGUUACCAGACCUGUUUCAGCAAACAUCCAGGCCUGUCUUUGGGGGGAAGGAGCUCAGGCGCUCUGUGAGGAAGGCCAAUAGCGGCCGCCUGCCGGCCCAGCAGCCUCUGCGACACUGCGUCACCAAGAACCUAGUGAGAAGCAAAGUCCGGAUCAAAGCCGAACCAGAUGAGUACUCUAUUUCAGAUCACAGGUUUUCAUCAAAUAAUCAUCACGUCCACACGGCUCACAGAUCCCCGCCUUCACCGAGUGCGCAUGCUAGAGGAAAGGUCGGCGUAGAGACCGUGAAAACGCUGCGUUACAACAGCGGCCGAGCAGCCUCCAAGGCUAGACCACGCCGGAACUCCACGAAGGAGGGCGACAAGACCAAAUGCCAGCCCGGAGAGGAAGGGAGGAAGGUGGGCGUGGCCAUUAGACCAGAGCCGCAGGACACUGCAGCUUACGGGCAUCAGUUCUCAGAGCAUGCACCGCCGCCGUCCAUUUACAGCCAUCCACUGUACAAAGCCAUCAAAGAAGAACCAGCAGACCCCGUGCCUGUGGCAGCUUUCCCGGACCCCCCCUCCCCAGACCUGGGCAAACGUCAGAGCAAGCCCCCCAUCAAGCUGCUAGAUUCUGGGUUUCUGUUUAGCUUCUGUCGGCCAGCAGGCGGGCCCAUGGCCGGGCUGAAAAAAGAGGAGGAGAGCGUGGAUAUCUGUUUGACGCGUUCUGUGUCGCGGGUCGGGGAGAAAUUGGUGGCAGAGGAGGCUCCCCACAGGAACCUGAGGGCCAGGGCGCCACCCGUCCUACCUGUGGUGAAGAAGGAGAGGGAGGAGAGGAGAGUGACCCAAGACCAAGCUCCAAGACUCAGGAAAACCUCUCGAAACACCACCUCACAUCUGUCCAGAUGUGUUGGGUCAAAGACAACAGAAACCAUGCCAAAGCACCAGGGUAAACUGAACGCUCCGAGCAGUAGGAGCUGCGCCAUGCUGGACGCCGUACGUCGAGCCCGCCUAAAGCAGCUCCGAGGACCUCGCAGUCAAGCACCCAAAGUUCCAAAGGGGGCCCACGCUUGCCAUCAGUGCCCAGCCACCUACCAGGACUGCGACUCUCUGAUUAUGCAUCAGCUCAGGCACAUCGAGGGGAAGCAUUGGCCCUGUCCGCAAGACCUUCUUUCGACUGAGGAAUGUACGGAAUCACAUCCGCACCCACGACCCCAAGCUGUACAAGUGCCGGAGCUGCAUCGCCGCUGGCUCCUGAGCCGCCCGCCGGAGGCCCAGAGCGACGACGGCGGCGGUCGGCGUCACGCCACCGGUCAGCAGCUUGUACAUAAAGCAUCCUUCUCACGCAAGCACAACGGUCUGUGGAAAGGCAGAACUCCUCUAGAUCCUAAUUGUCGCUGAUGUCAGUGAUCCCUAAUAUUCUAAUAUUAUUUAAAUAACCAAACCAAGGUCGCCGUUUCCCGUUUGCUUAUCGGUAGCUACUUGAAGAUUUCGCUCAGGGGUCGGGGAAUGUGACGCCACCAUAUAUAGUCAUUCAACGUCACGGUUGUGUAUAAAAUGAAAUGUAAAGUGAUUGUUAUAACUAUUACUGCUACUUAUUGUUACCUUUAUUUUUCUAUGUAUAGAUGAAUGUUGAGUGCACUUAUAUCAAAGCUUUUGUUUGAAACCUAAGAAACGGUCAGAAACUGAAGGCGGGAAUACUUGAAGUUAAAGCAAGUGCUGGAGGGAAUACUUGAAGUUGGAAGCAGGGGUUUGGAAGAGUGAGCCUGUCCUUUGAGUAUCUCAGUGGGUCUUUGUCCUUUGGUGUGCUAACCUUUAAAUGAUUCGUCGUUUCCUAUCGAUCUGCUGGUGACACCACUGCAUGUGUAUCCGCAGGCCAUUUGUAGUCCACUGUCUUUUCUAAGGCUUCCGGUUUUAAAAAGGGAAACGCGUCUCGUUUUUAAUGUGAAUUUCUUAAUCGUAAUCAAGACAACAGCAUCCUGACAGAUAUUUUAUUAAUCGCCUCUUCUUCUCUCACGCAAGAAAUCCUCUUGCUCUACUUAAAAUUCUCCUACUGAGUAAAUGCAAUGUGCACAUACAGAGAUGUUUAUGUACCACAAACUGAUUUGAGAAAUAAAUGAGCUGUCUCUGGCUAUCUGUUAAAAGAUUGAAUAAAUUUUUG